UGGCCUUAGAGACCACGAGCUGAAUGCUACCACACUGAUCUCACGGCCAGGAAGGGGACACACAGGGACACACAGGAAGCUGGCACGGAGUUGUGGGUUGACAGCCGCUCAUCACACACCAGGAACUGUGGGCGUCUGUGCCAGCCUGUCUUUGGAAAGUGUGGCACCAUGGAGGGAAGACUGGAUGAACAGAGAGCAUGCCCCAGCCUCACGGCAGCCCCCCAGUGCUGAGGGAGCGUUGCGUGGGUCCCGGCCUGGCACAGGACUGAGAGCUCUCCUGAAGAUGGACCGUCACAACAUGUCCUGGGUCCGCUACCCGAGCCAUGUGUCCCCGGCCGUGGAGGACGUCAUUGCAGCACAGAGCAUCAUUUCUAGGUGCAUGCAGGUGUACGUAGCAGUGUGUGUCCCACUGAGCCUAGUGACGGGGCUCUUCGGUCUCAGCGUGUUCAUCUUGGACCGUACUAGGCUGGGGGUGCUGGACAGGCUCCUUGCGGGUCUCACGGCCACUAGCAUCCUGGUGACUCUACUGUCCCUCAAUGCUGCUGGCCGACCCGACUACAUGUCCACGACAAACCUGGGCUGUGGAGCACUCUCAUUCUUCUCCAAUGUCUGCUACUUCAUGGCCCAGUACCUGCAGGGAGCCACGCUUCUCCCGUCCUUUCUGCCGGAGUCUCCCUGCUGCCGGCUCUUGGCAAGGCCUGUGGCAAGCCUGGCUGCCAUUGGGGGCUGUGCUGUCUGUAGCUCCCUCAUCGUGGUGUCCCUGCUGGGCAUGUCUGGGGACUUGCACACGACCACCAUGUGCCAGGCGGACCCGCUGACUGCGUGGCCCGAAUACGAGAUUGUCAAGUUCAGCCUGGGCUUCGCACUCUCCCUGAGCUUCCAGACGGCUCUCUUGCUCCUGUAUGCUACACAGCCAGUCUGGCGAGCGGCUCCUGCUCAAAGGGACACAGCCUCCGGGCGCUGGGUGGCACUGGCCCUGGCUCUCAACAUGCUUGCCUGUAGACUCUUCUUCAAUGCAGUCCUCCUGCACCGGGCCCAGCUGAAGCUGUGGAAGGAUGUGGGCUCCCCCAGGGAUGAGCUGCUCAUGAACCUCGCAGAACUGGCCCUGUCUGGAGAGAGCUGCAUCAACGUGGUGGCCAUUCUCCUCCUCCACAAGCCCUGCAGGCUCAGGCUGCUUAGCCUCCUUGAGCGCCUCACACAGAGAUGCAGGCGGGGGCUGGACAAUAGCAUGUCCUUGAACAGAGUACGGGGCUAGAUAGGGUCUGCCUGCUGGCACAGGCCACACCCCUUGCUGUGUUCAGGGAAUACUGCCUUCCCCGGGGAGCUUGAGCAGGGUCCUUAUGUUUGGAUGGUUAGCUUGCCUGUAUUCACCUCAACCUAUGCAAAACAAGACAGUUUCUCUCCCCACACCAUCAGUCACACCCUGAGAGACACAGUGACAUGGAUACAAAGGCUGGCCAAAGACCAUGGCUCUGCUGGAGGGUGUCCGGACUAUGAUGGCCACGUGUGGAACACGUGUGACAGACCACCUUGCCUGUUGGGAACCACCCUCCACUCAACAGUUCAGUCUUACCACACGGGAAAGGCACUGUAGAAAUGAACUCGGCUCUCA